AUGUCGAGUGCUACAAAACUACUUACUGAAUGGCCCCGACUGGCUGUUAUUUCGGUCAUCUUGCUCUCCAUCUUCAGAUUCACAAUCUACCCGGUGUUUCUAUCGCCAUUGUCCAAAGUUCCUGCGGCACAUCCCCUUGCUCCUAUUACUGGAGCUUGGAUCAAAUGGCACAGAUGGCACGGCACCUCCUACGAAAUUAUACAAGCAGCCUUUGAAAGAUGCGGCCCAUAUAUCCGCCUUGGUCCGGCUGAGAUCGCCACCAACUGCAAAGAAGGGUUCGACAGCGCCUAUGGAAAUGGGAAGAGAAACUUUGACAAAGCAUCUGUCUAUAAUUAUUUUGUGAACUUUAGGUAG